AUGUCUCGCUCGGCACCCCGAAUCAAAAACCGCGCACCCGCGCCCAUCCAGAUCUCCGCCGAGCAACUGCUUCGCGAAGCACAGGAACGUCAAGAAGCACCCGCCUCUGCUCCUGUCCAGAAGAUCGAAGACUAUGAAGAGCUCGAAGAGUAUCGUGGGCGCCGGCGCUCCGAGUUCGAGGAUCGUCUCCGCCGAAAUGGACUAAACAUGUCAACAUGGAUCAAGUACGCAUCGUGGGAAGCCAGCCAGGGCGAAAUGGACCGUUGUCGUUCCAUCUACGAACGUGCUUUGGACGUUGAACCUCACCAUCUGCCCUUGUGGCUCCGUUACACAGAGCAAGAACUCAAGAUGCGCAACGUUCAACAUGCACGAAAUUUGUACGACCGUGCCGUCAGCAUUCUACCGAGGAUCGAUCAGCUUUGGUACAAGUACGUUCAUCUUGAAGAGCUACUCGGAAACAUACCGGGAACGAGACAGGUAUUUGAAAGAUGGAUGAAGUGGGAACCCGAAGAGAAAGCGUGGCAUGCCUACAUCAACCUCGAAGUGAGGUACGAUGAAUUGGAUAGGGCAAGCGCGAUAUGGGAGAGAUGCGUAACGUGCCACCCUGUACCCAAGCAGUGGAUUCGAUGGGCCAAAUUCGAAGAAGAUAGAGGCAAUCUGGAGAAGGCAAGGAUUGUCUUUCAGAUGGCUCUCGACUAUAUUGGAGAAGACGAAGAUGCGAUGGAAAAGGCGCAAAGCGUCUUCACUGCCUUUGCAAAGAUGGAGACUCGCCUGAAAGAGUACGAACGAGCAAGAGUGAUCUACAAGUAUGCACUCGAGCGGCUACCCAGGUCCAAGUCAGAGGGAAUCUACUCGAGCUAUACCCGCUUUGAAAAGCAAUUCGGCACCAUGAACAGUGUAGAGGAUACUGUGAUCGGCAAACGACGCAUACAGUAUGAGGAAGAGCUGGCAGCGCAAGAAGCAGGAGGUGCUCCUGCCGACUACGAUACCUGGUUUGACUAUUCUCGCCUCGAAGAGGACGCCUACCGUGCACUACUAGCUACGGGUGGGUCGCAAGAUCAGCUCCAACAAGCCGUCAAACGUGUUCGCGAGGUGUACGAACGAGCGAUCGCCCAAGUCCCUUCUUCACAAGAGAAGCGCGAUUGGCGACGAUACAUUUUCCUCUGGCUACGCUACGCGCUUUUCGAGGAGAUCGACACGCGCGACUACGAUCGCACGCGCGAAAUUUACAAGGCCGCCAUUGCGCUGGUCCCGCACCGACGCUUCACAUUCGCCAAGCUGUGGGUGCAGUACGCGCGCUUCGAAGUACGACGUCUCGAACUCACCGCCGCCCGCAAGAUUCUCGGCGCAGCCAUUGGUAUGGCACCCAAACUGAAGCUCUUCAGCAGCUACAUCGAGCUCGAAGUGUCCCUCAAAGAAUUCGACCGAGCGCGCAAGAUCUACGAAAAGGCGCUGGAAUGGGAUCCAACCAACUCGCAAACCUGGGUGCGCUUCGCCGAGCUGGAGAAGAACCUGUUCGAUACCGAUCGUGCACGAGCACUGUUCGAAUUGGGCGUGGGUCAGGCGGAGGGUGGAGAGGCAAGUGGCGGGUUGGACAUGCCAGAGAUUGUGUGGAAAGCGUACAUUGAUUUCGAAUUUGAAGAGCGCGAGUGGGAGAAGGUGGAUGCAUUGUACGAAAGGUUAUUGGCGAAGAGCGGACACGUCAAAGUGUGGAUCUCGUAUGCCUUGUCCAAGAUCAACCGAGCUACGGCGAUCGAGGAAGAUGAAGACGAAGAGGACGAUGACCAUGAUCACGAUGACGAUAUGGCGGCAACCCCAUCGCGAGAGUUGACCGAAGAGGAAGAAGCGUUGCGUCAACAGCGUCGCUCAGCACUCGCAUCUUCCGCGCGAGAAAUCUUCCAGCGUGCCUACGACAAUCUCAAAUCUCGCUCCCUAAAAGACGAACGGGUUGCCUUGCUAGAAUCUUGGAAAUCGUUCGAACAACAACACGGUUCAGCAGAGACACUAUCUCGAGUAGAGGCCAAAUUCCCGCGGGUCGUCAAAAAACGCAGACAGGUGGAAGACAGUGCGGAUGGAGCGAUGGAGGAGUACUACGAUCUCAUCUUCCCCGACGACCAAGACGAGGGCAAAGGUGCUUUCAAGCUGUUACAGAUGGCUCACGCUUGGAGAGCUGCCCAAGCGGCAAAGGAGCAGCAGCAGCAGCAGCAGCAAUCAUCGAGUGCUGAGACUGGUGCAAGUGCAAGUGCAGGUGCAGGUGCAACUGGGGAUGAUGUGCGGGAUGAGGAGAGCAUUGGCAUUGCUAUAGACGACGAUCAAGAGCAGGAUGCCAGCGGAGAAGAAGCAUGA